AUGAGAAAAUUAGACGUGCAAGAGGCAUGGGGUGCCGAGAGGUUAGAAGCGCAAUUAGAAGCCGCUCGAGAUGGUCUUCGAGGACUCGAUCGGAGUAUUCGAAAAAUUUUGGGCCGGGAUCUCCCUGAUGGAGAGAACGGCCCGCUACAACCACCACCCAGAUUAUCACAAAAGAGACCAUUGCAAGAGGAUAGAAGACGUGUUGUUUCUGAUUUUAUCAACAACGAGCUACCUGGUGGAAAAAGGAGAUGGCAAGGUUCAAAUGGUGAACCAAAAACUGUUUUCAGUCGAUUAAGUGCACGUGUACCUUCUAACAAUGACGAUAGUGCUGAUGAAGAUGACAAUGUUAUUAAGCCGGCAGUGUCUUCUAGAGUGAUAGCAACACCGAGAGAAAUUCCAUCUAGACAGGAAGUUAUUAGACGUGAAAGAAUAGACGAACGUAGCAGACAAAGGAAUAAACGAAUGUUUGGGGCUCUUUUAGGAACGUUACAAAAAUUUCGACAGGAAGAAACUAAAUUGAAAGCAAAAGAAGAUAAAAAGGCAGAAGUAGAAGCACGAGUAGAGGAAGCUAGAAGGAGAGAAAAGGAAGAAUUACGACGAGAAAGACAACAAUUGUUCCUGUCUCGUAAACGGCAACUAGCGGAAGUCCGAGCGUUGGAAGCAAAGUUGGCACGCAGCCGACAAUUUCAGGAUUGGCGCGCUGCACAAUUACCACUUGCUUCGUUUAUAAAAACACGUGCCCAACCUCCUAUUUAUUACGUACCAAAGCGUAAACAUCCACAAACUGAUGUAUUAUUAGCACAAUCUGCAAAAGAACUACAUGAGGAAAUUGAAAGAAGAGAGAAGGCACUGAUUGAAGAGCUCGAACUUAUAGAAGUACAAGUAGGUCUUGGAAAGCAUCAACAGAAUUUCGAUGGAUCGGCAACAUUAAAUACAACAGCGGAAGUUCCGCAAUCAACGGAAGAAGGAGAAGAAAAUCGUGAUCCAAAUCCAGAGAAAAACUUAGAAUCAGAGAAUAACGAACCGGCUGAUGUUUCCAUAAAAUCUGACAAGGAUGAAAAUUACGAAAACACAAAUGAUAUUGAAAAGAAGGAUGAAAUAAAAGUAGAUGAAGUAAAGGAUGAAAAUAAUGGCUAG